AUGGCCACAUCAAUUCUAGGUUUUCAUACCUUUCUCUUUUCUUCUACCACGUCAAUUCUUGCGAAGCCCGACUCUGAGGUGAGCAGCCUGAGCCAGUCGUCGCCGGGUCGAUCUCCUCGUCACUCUGUUCACUACGCUAUGAGCUCAUAUCGCGACUCUUCCCACCACGGCGAAAUGAUCAUCAACUCCUUCCAUUCAAGCCCGCUCCAGAGCCCAUUGGGCUUCCGCCCCACUCCCACUCCCACUCCCACUCCUUAUCGGGCCCACAUUCCCACGAGUCCGACUCUCGCAAAGUCAAGAUCACCACCUCUCACCAGAAAAGCACUUGGAGACUGGAAACAUCAGUUCCACGCCACCGAAGAAGAAGGCCCCCUCGACCCUCACGACUUUUGCCAGCAUGGCCUACCUCGCCGAAAGAAUUGA